AUGGGAUCGAUUCAACCGGCCAGUGGUCUGGGUGAAGAUACAAUUUUAGUCUUGGUCCCUAGAGAUCCUAUGAGAGAGGUCAUCAAUGGAUUGGAAACAAAGUUCCCCGGAGUCAAAGUUCGUUGGCUAAACACCAAGGUCCCCGCCGGUUUGAUGAGAACGGAGGAUAUGCCUCUGGAGAUUUGGGACGGUGUCACGAUUGUGUGCGCUUACCAGAUUCCUGAGGCGUCAUUGCUUCCCAAACUUCGAUUUGUGCAGUUGACAUCUGCGGGAGCCGAUCAAUGUGCCCAGAAUCCGCUGUACAAAGAUGAGAAAAUUACGUUCUGCACCUCGAACGGUGCCCAUCCACCUCAGAUUGCCGAAUGGGUAAUCGGAACUUGGCUGUCUCAUCAACAUCAAUUCGGGAAAUACGGCGAUUACAUGAAAAAGAGUUAUUGGGAACCGGCAUAUCAAGCCAGUUUCGAGGACUCUUCCGGUCUGCGAAUGGGCAUCUUAGGGUACGGGGCGAUUGGACGGCAAUGCGCCAACCUUGCAAAAUCAUUGGGGAUGGAUGUCAUAGCCUUUACCAUGCGUGAGAGGCGAACCCCUGAAUCCCGAAAAGAUGAUAGUUAUUGUGUUCCAGGAACGGGUGAUCCAGACGGAUUGAUACCGUCGAGGUGGUUUCAUGGCACGACAAAGGAAGACCUCAAUAAUUUUCUGAGCCAGGAUCUCGACCUUUUGGUAAUCUGUCUCCCACUCACCUCCUCGACUCGAAACAUGAUUUCCAAGGAACAAUUUGGUAUCCUUUCCAAAAAGAAAGCCUUUCUGUCGAAUGUCGGUAGAGGGGGGCAUGUACAUACCGCUGAUUUGAUUACGGCUCUCGAGCAAGGGCAGAUUCGAGGCGCUGCGAUCGACGUAACUGACCCAGAGCCGUUGCCGAACGACCACCCUUUAUGGAAGGCUCCCAAUCUGUUCAUAACUCCUCACGUGAGCUGGGUAUCGGGCAAUUAUUGGAGCCGUAUCCUCAAUAUUCUUGAGCAUAAUCUUCUGGCUCUCAGUGACGGCACACCUUUCGUUAACAAGGUUAACAAAGAGCUGAAUUAUUAG